CGCUGCUGCCUCGCGCAGGCGCCGCGCGGAGACAAGAUGGCGGCGCCCGUGGACCUUGAGCUGAAGAAGGCCUUCACCGAGCUACAGGCCAAGGUGAUAGACACGCAGCAGAAGGUGAAGCUGGCCGACAUCCAGAUCGAGCAGCUGACCAAGACGAAGAAGCACGCCCACCUCACAGACACAGAGGUCAUGAUGCUGGUGGACGAGACCCGCAUGUACGAGGGCGUGGGGAGGAUGUUUAUUCUUCAGUCUAAAGGAGUGAUUCAUAAUCAGCUCUUAGAAAAACAGAGAAUAGCUGAAGAGAAAAUUAAGGAGUUAGAGCAGAAGAAGUCGUACCUGGAACGGAGCGUGAAGGAAGCCGAAGACAACAUCCGGGAGAUGCUGAUGGCUCGACGGGCGCAAUAGCUGUGUGAAUCCCGCCCGGGAGGGGUCUGGGGGGGGGUGGGUCAACCCUCGCCGCGCCCCCCCUCCGCCCUCUGGGUCAAUAAAAGUUUGCUGGGAAA